GUGACCUUGGAGUUCAAUAACUCAGUGGGGGUCAUGUUGCUGGUGUCAGAUUGCCAACCAGAGAAUGGUUGCUACGGUUUCCACCUGUUUGGGAACAUUGAGGAGCUUCUGCCGGUGCUGAGGAGGCGAAAGAGACGGUUGGCGUACUAUUUAGUUGGCAACCUGAACACAGAAACCUACCCGGCUUCAGCAAACCUCCCGGCAUAUGUGACAGAAUAUUACAGACUCAGUAACAACCCAGACUCAGUAACAACCCUUUACGAUAACCUGGACCGCAUCAUAAUCAGUUUACGGGUGGGAACCAGGGUGGUGGAGACGGUGUACGUCACUGAACACGACAUGUUUGUGUCCGGCAGGUUCAGUCCUGACAAUACCCAUGAAGUCAGUCCUGCCCUGAUCAGAGCCCUGCAGAGCCCGGAGCUCGACCUCUCCACCUUUCUCACCCACAUGGGUUACUAUCAAGGGAUGCAGGUGGCUCGUGUCGAAGAUAUAGGACAGAUACACAACCAAGAACUUUCAGCUCAGCAAAUCUUGGACUUACUGCAAAGCUACAGUGGAUACUCAGCCAUAGGACAGCAAAUAUAUGUCAACACAACAUCCUCCAGCUAUGGCCAAGAUGUUCAAUAUGAUUUUAACUUAACUUCUGCCUACAAUCAAUAUAUACCCGACUAUGGUGUAGUGUGGUAUGACUACAGGAGAUCGAGAGCUGUCACGGGAGCGAGAGCUUCAGUGCACGGCUUUGGUUUGUCUGCGUGGGAGUGGUCUGAUCCAGGGUCUGACGACUGGACAAACAAAUGGAAGGAAUGUGGCAUCCUUGCUGCCAAAGUCAUCCUCUGCAUGGGAGCCGUCUACCUGGCAGCCAAAGGUCUCAGCUGGCUGAGGAGUUGUUGGAGCGUGGACAGUCAUGGAAAGAGUUUCAGGACGAUGAGUCGGAUUAGGCCGCCUCUCCAAACACAUAUAAUGCUGGAUUAUGUCUACUAGAGUACCCAGUGUGUUCAUGUAUUUUUAAUUCAUCAUAAUAGACAUGAGAUGCUGUUAAAUAAUUUGUGAACAGUUUGAUAAGAGAAGGAAAAACAUUAUGUUAUUUUUUAGAUCAUCUUGAGAUGUGCACCUUAAAUGGAUCAUGAAUUGAAAAGUUUCCUGCCCUAAAGACCUCAGAAUUUGGUUGGAUGAGAAAUUUUACAUAUUGAUAGUUUAAUUUUAAAAAAAAAGGCUUUUCAAAUUUAAACAGAUUAAGUUUUCCAUGCUCUAAUGUAGAAAAAACUAAUAGAAGCACAUGUUUUAAUAUAAUUCAUUAUACACAAAGCAUUAUGUUGCAGCCAGGUGCAGUUUGUCACAGCUCUUUGCUUUAUUAUGUGAUGAUUACAGUCCCUGGCAUUGCCUUUUUACGAAAAUGCUGAUAAGCCCUCUUUUUCUAUCAGGAGAUACCAACAUUGCUAUCGCUACAGAGCAGCCUUAGACCUGCAUAGAUAAGACUAUUUGGGGUUUCAUUAAUUUUUUAAAAAACUGAUCAACAGUGCAUCAAAAUAUCUGACUGUAAAUGUUACUAUACACUGCUGCUGUAAA